GAACAUCCAUCACUCAUUUGUAAAUAUUAUCCAUAUCCAUUUUGGAAAAUAAAUGAUGGGAAAUAUUGCUCUGAUUUUGAACUUCCGAUUGAGAUAUCUUUUUCUUCUCAGACAUCCUCAUGUCUUCCCCAUCUAUUUCUAGACAUAAAUAUGAUGUUUUCUUGAGUUUUAGAGGUGAAGAUACUCGCAAGAACUUCACUGAUCAUCUUUACGAUGCUCUAAAAAGGAAUGGAAUCGUCACUUUCAGGGAUGAGCCAAAGCUGGAGGCCGGCAAAGGGAUUGCACCUGAACUCUUCAAAGCAAUUCAACAAUCAUGGUGCUCGGUAAUUGUUUUUUCUAAAACCUAUGCCUUUUCAAGUUGGUGCUUGGAGGAGCUUGCUGAGAUUGUUAAACAAAAAAACGAGAAGGGUCAUAAAGUAUUUCCAAUUUUUUACGAUGUUAAUCCAUCCGAUUUAAGAAAACAGAAAGAGAAAGUUGAUGAAGCCUUUGCCAAACACGAAGAGAGAUACAGAGAAGAUAAAGAGAAGAUCCAAAGGUGGCGAAAUGCUUUAACUGAAGUAGCUAACACCAAGGGAUGGCAUUUACAUAAUAGGCAUGAAUCAGAAUUUAUUGGAGACAUUGCUAAGAAGAUAUCAGCAAAAUUAUGUCAGAUAUAUUCAGUUGUUCAUGAUGAGUUAGUUGGAAUUAAUCUAUCUUUGGAGGAGUUGUAUUCAAAAAUAGACAUUGGGGAAGACGAUGUCCGCGUUAUAGGAAUUUGCGGAAUGGGUGGCAUCGGUAAGACAACUCUUGCAAGGGUUGUUUACACUCAAAUUUCACCUCAUUUUGAAGGUAAAAGCUUUCUUGCUGAUGUUCGAGAAGUUUCAAACAAAUGGGGACUUGUUUCUUUACAGAAACAACUUCUUUCCCUAAUCUUGCUUGACGAAUGCUUCAAUUUUUUCAAUGUCUAUGAAGGGAAUGCCGUAAUUAGCCACAAAUUGUCUCGUAAAAAGGUUCUUAUUGUUCUUGAUGAUGUUGAUAACAUACAACACUUGAAAUGCUUGGUUGGAAGGCGUGAUUGGUUCGGUUUAGGGAGUAGAAUCAUUGUAACAACAAGAGAUGAGCAUUUGUUGCGAUCUUACCGAGUUGAUGAUGUGUACAAACCUACAACAUUGAAUCUUAAAGAUGCGCUUCGGCUUUUCAAUUUGAAAGCUUUCGAUGAUGAUACAAUACCAACAGAAGAUUUUAUUGAGCUUUCUAAACAUGUUGUACGUUAUGCUGGUGGUCUCCCCUUAGCUCUUGAAGUUUUGGGUUCCUUUUUGUGCGGUAGAGAUGCUUUUCAAUGGAGAAGUGCAAUUGAAAGACUUAAACUAGAUUCUAAUAAAGAAAUUAUCAACAGACUUCAAAUAAGCUUUGAUGGAUUGGAAGAAAGGGAGAAAAAUAUAUUUCUAGAUAUAGCAUGCUUCUUCAAUGGAGAGGAGAAAAAUCUUGUAAUGAAAGUAUUGGAUGGUUGUAAGUUUUUCCCAGAGAUUGGAAUCGAUGUUCUUAUCAAGAAAUCUCUCAUAAAAGUCAAUGAACACAACACACAUUUGUGGAUGCAUGAUUUAUUGCAAGAAAUGGGAAGAAAAGUUAUCAAAGAAAAAUGUAUUGAUGAACCAGGAAAACGUUGUAGAUUGUGGGAAGAAAGAGACGUUUAUCAUGUCUUAAUGAAAAACACUGUAAGCCAUUCAACAAAGUUUAUAUACUAUUUUUUUAUUCAACCUCUAACCAAUAUAAUGUAUAAACUUAAGGUUUAUUCUAAUUCAUCUAUAUAGGGAUCCCAAAAAAGUGACCAAAAGGAUUUGUAUAAAUAAGUCUUUAAUUUCAUUGAAUCACUCUCAUUAGUAAAUAUUUUACAUUAUUGAAAA